AUGUCAUGUCAAGGUGUUGUAUUCCACUACCGAGCUGGAUCCAGUCGAUACUCCCUGAACUUCAACCAAGCGAAGCAGGCGUGCCUGGACAACCACGCUGUCAUCGCAAACCCAACUCAGCUGCAGGCAGCCUAUGAAGCUGGCUUCGAUCAGUGUGAUGCUGGAUGGAUAUCAGACCAAACUGUCAGAUACCCAAUUGUCCAUCCUCGAGAGAACUGCAAUGGAGACAAGAAUGGUUUUCCGGGUGUUAGAAAUUAUGGAGUGAUGAAUCCAGAUGAGCAAUAUGAUGUGUACUGUUAUAUUGAUAAACUGCGAGGAGAGGUGUUCUUUGCAACCCAGCCCGAUCACUUCACUUUCCAACAAGCAAAAGAGUUUUGUGAGAGCAAAAAUGCCACCUUAGCUUCCACUGGGCAACUUUAUUCUGCAUGGAAAUCAGGAUACGACAAGUGCCGAGCAGGCUGGCUUUCCGAUGGAAGCGUUCGCUAUCCUAUUGUGACACCACGCCGAGUAUGUGGGGGUGACCAAUCUGGAGUACGAACAGUCUAUCUGUAUACAAACCAGACAGGAUUCCCAGAUCCCCUGUCAAAAUACAACGCAUUUUGCUUUAGGCGUAAGUAUUUCAUAUUAAUGCCCAUGACUGCAAAUCCAUGGUUAAUGUGGUAUCAAAUGUGCUUAUACCUUGACACCUUGUGCUGGUCAAUAGCAUAUCAUGAUAACUUAUUGCUUGUAUAG